AUGUGUGGGUGCACACUGCAUGACCACUACACUAAAAAAAGUGAUCACCUACUCUAUUAAAUCUACCCCCAGCUCAUCACAUAGAAUAUGAAUCACUGUGGAUCCUUUGAACGUGAACUAAACUGGUGUUAGGACCCAGGGAGUGCCUGACCGUGGACCUGCCUACCCCCUACAAUAAAUAUAGCUUGCUAUUAGGACAAAGUCAGAUGGCCAGAGCUGACCGACAUGACAACCCCCACAUGCCAUAGCCUGAAGGAGAGACAGUUUCCCUAUGAAGAGUGUGUGUUGCAGUGAGAGAGCAAGUGCGUAGACGGUUUUAGUGAGUGUUUGUAUGUUUGUGGAAUUGAUGAAUGUCACUGGAAGUGUGAUUGGAUGUGUUUAAAUUGUCAUUGGGGGGUGCACGAGAAAAGUGUGAAUCUACUUGUGUGCAGUGUGUAGGCUACUGUUAUUUAUUUGUGUGUGUAGUGUGAGAAUGUCACUGUGAAGGGUUUGUGAGAAAGAUACAAGUCAAAAGUGUUGUACACAAGUGCAUGUAUGUACGUGAAAUAGGAGAAAGGAAAGUUGACAUUGGUGCGAGUGAGUGUGUGAGCGCAACGCAGGCUUAGUUAGCAAAGGUCGACGUGUCACCAGGGUCAAAGGUCAUCCGUCGAAGAUGCUCCAGCCGCAGCUCCAGCUGUGCAAGGUCACCAACGCGCUGUUCAUCAGUAACGCACGCUCGGCCUGCACUGACGACCUCAUCCAGCAGGAGGCAGUGACGCUGUGCAUCAACGUGUCCAAGCAGCAGCCCUUCCCCGAGUCAUCACGCAUCGCUGCGCUGCGUGUGCCCGUCUACGACGACCCCACUGAGGACCUGUACCGCUACUUUGAUAGCUGUGCAGACGCUAUCCGGGAUGAGGCAUCCAAGGGAGGCCACACCGUCGUCUAUUGCAAGAAUGGCCGCAGCCGCUCGGCCACCAUCUGCGUGGCGUACCUCAUGAAGUACCGCAAGCUCUCAUUGGCUGAGGCGUUUACGAAAGUGAGGACUUCACGCUCAGUGGUGGACCCCAACUCGGGAUUCUGGGCCCAGCUGGAAAGAUAUGAGCAAGAGCUGAAAAAGAGGCGGGGGGAGGUGGACAACGCCCCAACCUAAUGUUGUGCCAAAUUCCUCGCCCUCUAGGACUCUGCAGCUCUCCACCAUAAACCGACCGUCCUGAAACUCUUUGGGACAGUUUCCCGGACACAGAUUAAGCCUAAUCCUAGAUUAAAAACCAUGGUCAAUGGAACAUCUCCAUUAUAAAUUCAGGUCUAGGUUUAAUGAUACAUGAGUUUUACAUAGCAUUUCUAAAGGACAUCUGUGUCUGGGAAACUAGCAUUGUAUCUAAAGUGGUGGACCAGCCUCCGGUCUAGAGGAGCCCCCACCUCUGGAGUUGGUAGAAGUUGCCCCUAUAAUCGCUGGGCCAGGGUCCGAUAUUUUCCAUCCUUCUAAUGGUUAAGGUUAUGAUUUUGGGUUGGGUAAUCUGAUCCUAGAUCUGUGGUAGGCUAGGGGCUACUUCUACAUCGAGCUCCACCCUGUGGGACCCUGGCCCCCUCUACCCCUUAGAGAAACAAAGAGAAGUGUUACUUUUUACCCUCAAAAUGACGCUCCAUUUGUUCAUUACAAAGCCAAUGCAUUACAAAGCCACAUGCUUUGUAAUGAAUGCAUUCUAGAUACAUUACAAGUAUGAAUUUAUAUAACUUCUUAUAAGAAGCCAUAUGGAGUCCUUUUAUCAAAAAUAUGUCUUUGUAUAUGUAUUAUUAAUAUAUGUGUAGCCUUUAGGCAUUUAAAAAGCCUGCUGAAAGGAGCAAUGCACUGCUAUGAAUGCUUAUAGCAAGUCAUAUAAUUGAAAAAAGGUAUUAUAAUGCACAAGUGGGUGAAAAUAGACAAUGUAAGUGCCAUCAUAAUGCAUUAUGUACAGUUGGUUCAUAAAUCAACCCAAUCUCUUAAAUUAUAUGUCACAAUAAUGUAUAUUUCCAUGGGGUUGCAUAGAGAGUGUUACUCUGGCUCUAUAGUCAUUGACAGCACUUAUGUACCCAUGUACAAACACUGAAGAGGCUGUUGCAGUGCCACCUUUAACCUCUAGAGGGAAGUAUUACAAUGGAAUAGAGUCAAAAACAUGACAAACCAGAUGGGAUGCUUUGUGGAGAUGUACUACCACAGACUUUUUGCGUUGAAAUCUCUACAGCUCAGAAAUGUUUCUCCUCUGCACAUUAAAUAUUUAUCUGAGCAAUACUGAAUCUUAACUCUGCAGGGAUUUAACGAGUCUUAGCCAUUUAAACGUUCGUUAUAGCAGCUAAUGUAGAGCAGGUGCAAUGACCUGUGCUCAGGUAAUACAACAUGUUACAAUAGCGGGCUGCUAUUGACUAGAUAAAGCAUCAAAUCAAAUCACAUGUUAUUGGUCGCGUACACAUAUUUUGUUAUCGCAGGUGUAGGAACAUAUGCAUUUCGCUAUCUCCAACAGUGCAGUAAUACCUAACAAUACAAAACAAUACAUGCAAAUCCCAAAAAUAAAAAGAAAGGAAUAUAGAAAUAUUAGAACAAGCAAUGUCAGAGUCCUGAAUAUAAAAUAUAUAUAUGUAUA